AUGUUGAGAAAAUUUAUAAUGGUUAAUUGGUAACAGCAGAUCGGAUAUGAAAUGACUUAGUAGAGAGUUCUCAGAUCCACAAUUUCACAAUUAGUAUAUUAAAGUGUCUAUCCAGGAUUGAAAAUCUCAAAGCUAAAAAUAAAAGAUAUUCUUUUUUUACUAAACCACUCAGUUUCGUCUAAGAUGCAUUUCCUAUCUGAAGAUAAAGCUUGCAUAUUUAGUUCACUUUUUAUUGAUACUCGUAAAUCAAUUGCUUUUCAUCAAUUAACAAAUUAUGUUUGUAUGUAGAAAUAGUUAAUAUUUAAUUUCAAUGAAAAUUGUUUUUCAAUAUCCCUUUGAUCUUUUUGAAAUUAGAGGAGGAUCAGGUGGUUUAGCUAGCAGCAAAGCAGGUGUAUAACUAAGGGAAAAAGUAGGUUUGGCAGACUUUGUUGUUCCUUCUCCUCAAAGUCAAUCAUGAGGUGUAGGAGGAACUUGUGUAAAUAUAAUUAUAAUUUAAAUCAACUAUAAAUGUUGGGUGCAUUCCUAAAAAAUUAUUUCACGUUGCUGCUUAAUUGGGUGACUAUAGAAAAGAUUAGGGUAAAGGUGGAUGGAGUGGUAUUAAUGAAAAUGAUUCUCAUAAUUGGAACUAAUUGGUUUAAGUAGUGAAUAAUAUGAUUCUAAGACUUAAAAAAAUGCUUGAAAAUAAUUUCAAGAUUGCAGGAUAAUGA